GCCACAGGUGUCCCCCAGCAAGAAGUGGCCAUCGCUGCGUGGCAGAUAGUGCCAACCUUUAUGUGUUUGGAGGCUACAAUCCUGACUAUGAUGAGUCUGGUGGGUCUGAGAAUGAAGACUACCCUCUCUUCAGGGAGCUCUGGAGGUACAACUUUGCCACAGACACCUGGCACCAGAUGGGCACUGAAGGCUACAUGCCCAGGGAACUCGCCUCCAUGUCACUUGUGUUACAUGGCAACAACCUGCUGGUUUUUGGAGGCACAGGGAUCCCCUUUGGGGAGAGCAAUGGCAAUGAUGUCCACGUCUGCAAUGUCAAGUACAAGAGAUGGGCCCUGCUCAGCUGCCGAGGGAAGAAACCCAACAGGAUCUAUGGGCAGGCCAUGGCCAUCAUCAAUGGCUGUCUCUACGUGUUUGGAGGAACAACUGGUUACAUCUACAGCACUGACCUGCAUAAGCUGGACCUGAACACUCGAGAGUGGAUCCAGCUGAAGCCAAACAACAUGUCCUGUGACAUGCCAGAGGAGAGGUACAGACACGAAAUCGCCCACGAUGGUCAAAGGAUUUACAUCUUGGGAGGUGGAACUUCCUGGACAGCUUAUUCCUUGGAUAAGAUCCAUGCCUACAACCUGGAAACCAACACCUGGGAGGAAAUUGCCACAAAACCUCAUGAGAAAGUUGGUUUCCCAGCAGCCAGAAGAUGCCACAGCUGUGUCCAGAUCAAGAAUGACGUGUUUGUUUGUGGAGGCUACAAUGGAGAGGUGAUCCUGGGAGAUGUUUGGAAGCUCAGCCUCCAGACUUUCCAGUGGGUGAAGCUCCCAGCUGCCAUGCCAGAACCGGUGUACUUCCACUGUGCUGCUGUCACCCCAGCUGGCUGCAUGUAUGUCCACGGAGGGGUGGUGAACAUCCAUGAAAACAAAAGGACUGGCUCCCUGUUCAAAAUGUGGCUGGUGGUUCCCAGCCUGCUGGAACUGUGUUGGGAGAAGCUCCUGGAAUACUUCCCUCAUCUAGCAACUCUCUGCAGGGCUCAGCUCUUGCACCUUGGACUGACACAGGGACUUGUGGAGAGGCUAAAAUGAGAACAUCUCCUGCUUCUAGCCAAGAAG